AUGAACCUGUUUGUUGCCGCUUGUGGCAACUUCGGCCUGAUCACCGACACGAAGAAGACGGUGGUUAUGCAUCAACCGCCACUCGAUGCUGCCUACUUCGCACUCCAAAUCAAUGUGAAUGGAGCCCAACUGCAAGUCGUGGACAACUUCACGUAUCUGGGCAGCACCCUCUCCUGCACCAUAAAGAUCGACGAUGAAGUAGCCCUCCAGAUCUCCAAAGCCAGUCAAGCCUUCGACCGUCUGCAAAGCAGUCUGGAAUCGUCACGGUCUCAACCUUAG